UUUAAAGUGAAUUCUGAAAACGAUCUAAUGAACUUUAAGUGGGAAGAUCAAGCCAAAAUGAUCAGAACAAAAGUUCCAACUCUAGCAGCUAUCAUCAGCUGUGUUAUUGGUGAAAAGCAAAAAAGCAUGGCUCGAUUUGUUGUUGCUGUUGGUGUGAUGUUGUAUGCCAGAUGUCAGCUGCUGAAUCUUCUUCAGUUCGUUCUUGGUCUAGUGCUAGACAGUUGUGGCUUGAACAAAGAGGGAUUAAAUAUUAUGCAUGACUUGGGCUUGGUUGUGUCAUACACAAGUGUACAUAAGAAAAGGAAGGACCUUGUGAAGAAACAGAAGGUAAAUAUCGACCAAGUAAUUACACGUUUUGUGGAACGGGGUCAACUUAAUGGGUCUGACAAUAGGCACAAAACCAUUGAAGUACUUGGGGACAAUUUAGAUAUCACCAUAGCACCCACACACAUGACAAAGGACAAUCAAAGAAAGAGUCUACAUUGGUUUUUAACCAUGGUGAAACAAAGAAGGGUGACAUAUGAAGACCUACACAUAGAAGGUCCAGUUCCAGAACAACCAUGUGUGACAAUGAUUCCAUCAUAUAAAUGGCUUCCGUCAGAGGAAAACAUGAAAAGUGUUCUUCAUAACUUCAAGUUCCAUGUUGCUUGUGUGUUAAUGAAGUAUGUUGAUGUAUUUAAACCUCUGAUUGAUUCAUAUCCUGAAUACAUUUCACAUCCAUUCUUAGAAUUCACAAAACAAAAGUCUGUUAUUCUGAAUACCAAUCUUAUAGAUGAGAGUGAAAAUUCAACUCAAGGGAUGAUAAAAAUUUUACAAGAUGUACAGGACAUGACUGUGCCUGUAGUAGAUGGAAAUAUAAUACAAAGGGUUGUAUUUGGGGGAGAUGUACUCACAAAUGAAAGGGCAUUUUCUGCCCAACAAGCCAUGCAGAACAACUCCACUGAUCGUGAUCGACUGUUUGGUAUGAUACAUCGGCCUGAAGGUCUCCACCGGCAGUUCAACUUCCUACUCUGUAUUUAUCAGCUCUUCUACAAGGCAAGCAGCUCUAUGGACACAGGCUCCAUGUACCAGCUACGCAACCUGAUUAACCGCAGAGAUGUGACAGGACCAGACGAUGUUGUGCAAAAAUUUCGGCCACAUCAGCAGUUCCUUGAGGAUGUUACAGACAGCUACAUUGUUGCAGCCUGCCUUGAUGUUAUGGAAGAAGGCUGCUCAAACAAAAACAAUAUCGAGUUUGUAGAAAAAAUAUCGCAGAAGGUUAUGGACUGUUUUAAUCUUGGUGUUACUGAGAAUUCAAGUAUUUCAAGAAUACGUAAUGACCUUGAAGCAAUACACGCUGAUGAACAGAAGCUCUUUGCAAUGAGAGUAAAUGACCAUUACCAAUGUGCUUUGUGUGGAAAAUGUUUCACCUCACUUGUUUGGUUUAAGAAACAUUUAACUAACAAACACCAUUGGAAGCUCCAUCAAGCAAAUACCAAUGAACAUUGUAAUAAUGCAGUCGGACAAUUCCUAUUCAUGUCUCUUCUUUUUAGGGACACAUGUGAUUCGUACAAAAUGUGUGACGGUGCAAGAUCAGUAUGCAAUGCCCAUUUUGAGUGGCUUUACGAUUCUGCUUUGAAACACUCUAAGUAUAAAAUUUGGUUAUGGCGAAUGAUAACAUACACGCUGUCAAUUCUGGGUUUCCGAGAAAGUUUUGAAUACAAAUGGAAUAUCAGUGUUAAUUUGAAUGGGGGAAUUCGCAACAACAUUCCUAAUGACAAUGCAGUAGAAAUACAGGUCAAUAACAUAAAAAGAGAACUGAACACACAAGGAGCAAACAAGUCAUAUGAAUCAGCGAAACAGAUAUGCAUGACAACACAAGUUAUUCACGCUAUCAAGCAGAAUCUCAUGAGAACGUCCAGAACAGCAAAGUCAAAGAGUACAAGGCCUGAAGCGGACAAAAGUGGUGAUAUUAUGAAAAUGGUUGAGUUUCUCAGACAAAAAGGUGCCAUAAAAAAUGUGUGCUGGAAUAGUUUUCAAAAUUUUAGAGAACCUUUGAGUGGUAUUAAUGCUGAGGAACUUCAUGCAUGGAUUGGUGAGCAGAAAAGAAUUGCAAAUAUGUUUAUGUAAAUCAUAUAGUAAACCACUGUGCACUAGUAGUUUUUUAGGUGAUGACAAAUUAACUAAAUCAGUAAUUGUGACUUUCAGUGUUACAAAUAAUGAAAAAUCUUUUAUCUUAACAUUUUGAUGUCAGACAAUAUUCUGGUGAACAUUUGUAUUAAGUUAACUGGUACAUGUACAUGUCAUAUGCAUGUUUUAUUACAGUAUGAUUUCAAUGCAGAGUUUGCUGAAUUCAAGUCUUUUAUUAGCUCGGCUGUUUUCGAAGAAAACCCGAGGUAUUGUCAUAGCCAGCUCGUCCACCGUGCAUUGCGCAAUAACUUUUGCAAUAUUGAAGAUAGCUACUUGAUAUUUGGCAUGCAUGUGCAGGGUUUUUUACCUUCUGAAAGACCUGCUGAAUUUCGGCCCUUUCUCCUAGAUAUUUUUUUCCCCUCUGACAGAAAUUUUUCCCCCAAAAAAUGAUUUUCCCCUAAAAAAAUUUUUUUUUUUUUAUUUUUUUUUUAAACCUUUGAAUAAAUAAGUAAACCUGAUUCAGUGUAGAAAAUACAAAAUAUUGCAUAAUUAAAUUAUCUGUUGCCUUGAAUUUGUUUUAAAAACAGUAAAAUAUGUAAAACUCUGAUGUGUAUCUCAUGGAGCUGCACAUUUUGAGUGGUAAAAGGUCAAGGUCAUCCUUCAAGGUCAAAGGUCAAGUAUUUUUUUUUUGUUAAAUUCAAAACUGCACCCACAGCAGAGUGUUGGCAUUCCCUGGACGGUGCUCUUGUUCUCUAUUAAUGUAACCUUUAGGCUUUGAAACGUACUUGUUAGACUUGUAUUUCAAACAUGUUUAUGCCCCUAGCAUUUUUAUGCGGAAAGUUGAGAAUGAUUGCCCGGUCUGUACUUCUGUGACAGGUUAUGUGACGUGAUUGCAUAUUUAACUCUUGAUUCUAAUUUUUUUAUCUGUGAUGUUUCAUCCAUUAUCUUGCUGCAUCAUAUUUUAUUUUAUUGUGCAUUAUAUGUAUCUGUAUCAGGAAGUGUUGACAUUCGUUGUGCUAAUGCAGAAUUCAGUGCUGUAACUUUAAAAGAUUUUUUUGCCAAUAUCAAAUGGUAUUAGUUUACUUCUAUAACAGUUUCACAUUUCAAUACUACUGGCAUGUCCUAUCAGUUCAUGAUGGGUUCUUAACAAGGUUAGCAUAUUAAAUGAUGCAAAUUGUAUAAUUAUUUUAUUGUGGUAAUUUGGAAGUUUAUUACAUUGACGCAUGUGUGGUUAUAUGUUAAAA